AUGUCGAAAGCACCCAAAGCAGAUGCUCAGCUGGACCAUCUUGUGCCACUCUUCACGUCGAUGGGCUUAACCCAGGCCAAGGCUUUAGAAGCUACUAAAGCCCCGAAAAGUGCAGCUGUCCUUCAAGAUAUCAUCGAUACCAACAAAGAUGCUGUCACAGGACUCGACGAAAAACAAGCUACUUUGAUUUCCAAUCUUGCAGUGAUUGUUUCCAAAGCCAGCGCAAUAUCAACAGAGCAGCGCGACUAUGUGGUCGAAGCUGUAUUAAAGUCCAAGUUGAAGAGUGUCGAUCAAAUCACCGCUGCUGUCAAAUACGUCGAAUCCAACAAGCUACCUAUUGACGAAGUCGAAUUCAACAAUGAAUGCGGUGUUGGGUUUUCGAUCAGCCCAGAAGAUUUGUAUGCCCGGGUCAAUGAGUAUGUUACGAUGAACAAUAUUGCAGGCUGGGCAAGCCUCGGAACUGUUGUCAAUGCUCUAAAAGCAUCACCAGCUUUACGUUGGGCAAAUGCUCUGGAUGUUAAGAAAACCGUGGACGUUGUAUUUCUGGAGAAGUUUGGUGCAAAAGAAACAGGAAAGCCAAAGGCCAAAGAAGCCAAGCCCGCUGCCGGAAAGCCAAAGAAGGAGGAAGCUCCAGCCCCCCCUCCACGGAAAUCAGUAUUUGAGGAAGGUUUCUUAGGUCAACUCCACAAACCUGGAGGAAAUCCUCAGAUCCACCCCCACUUGCGCGAUGCACACCUUGCAGCCACAGGGGGCCAGGUUUGGACUCGUUUCCCUCCUGAACCUAACGGUUACCUUCAUAUUGGACAUUCUAAAGCGAUUUUUGUGAAUUUCGGUUAUGCUGCGCACCACGGCGGGAAAUGCUACCUGAGAUACGACGAUACAAACCCUGAAAAAGAAGAGGCAAGAUAUUUUGAAAGUAUAUUGGAAAUGGUUCGUUGGCUUGGAUUCGAACCAUGGAAAAUCACCUACUCCAGCGACUAUUUUGCGGAGCUAUAUGAUCUUGCAGUCGAACUUAUCAAGCGUGACAAAGCCUAUGUUUGCCAUUGUACUCAGGAGGAGAUCAAAAUUGACCGAGGUGAGAAGCGAGGCCAGCCAAGGCCUUGUAUACACCGAAACAGACCUAUCGAAGAAUCUCUGGCUGAAUUCGAAGCAAUGAAAAAUGGGAAAUAUAAACCAAAGGAAGCCAAUCUACGUAUGAAGCAAGAUCUUGAAGAUGGAAACCCUCAGAUGUGGGACCUGACAGCCUAUCGCGUCCUGGAGACCCCUCAUCACCGCACCCAUGACAAAUGGAAGAUCUACCCAACAUAUGACUUCACGCAUUGUUUAGUUGAUAGCAUAGAGAACAUUUCUCAUUCACUUUGCACAACUGAAUUCAUCGCUUCGCGUCAGUCCUACGAUUGGCUCUGCGAUGCGCUUGAAGUCUACAAGCCCAGACAGUCCGAGUAUGGUCGACUGAAUUUGGAAGGCAGCAUCAUGUCAAAACGAAAGAUCGCUGCACUCGUGGACGAAAAGUUCGUUAAUGGUUGGGACGACCCUCGUCUUUACACACUCAUCGCACUUCGGCGUCGUGGUGUCCCUCCUGGUGCCAUCGUGUCCUUCGUCAGCACGCUCGGUGUUUCAACUUCUGCUUCUAACAUCGAAAUCGCCCGGUUUGACCAGACUGUGAGACAGUAUUUGGAGGGCACCGCGCCCAGACUUCUUAUGGUCAUGAAACCAUUGAAAGUCACCAUCGAGAAUCUACCUGAGGACUACUGCUUAAUGAUUGAAAAGCCUCUACAUCCCAAGGUCCCUGAAGUUGGGACGUCGACAAUACCCUUUACUCGCACAAUUUACAUCGAAGCGGAAGAUUUUAGGACAGAGGAUUCCCCAGACUACUUCCGUCUCGCACCUGGCAAGACAGUUGGUCUCUUCCAAGCCCCUCAUCCCAUCACCUGCCUUUCGUACAAGACCAAUCCCGCUACGGGAGAAGUCACGGAGCUCAUAUGUAAGCUCGAGAAUGAAGGCCCAGCGAAGAAACCCAAAGCUUUCAUUCAAUGGGUAGCCGAGCACUCCCCUUCAGGAAGUCCAGUCCGAGUCGACGAGACCAGAAUUUUCCAUCCCCUGUUUAAGAGCGACCGUGUUCCGAGCGAUUUUAGGUCUGACAUUGCACCUGAUAGUCUUGAAGUCGUAAAGACCUCAUUUGUCGAAGUUGGAUUUUGGUCUCUCGCCACAAAAUCCUUACAGGAAGCCAGACAGGAUGCGAAAGCCAGAACGGAGAAAGCAACCAAAGAUAACUUUAUUGCUGAACCAGGAUCCGAAAGCGACACACCAAUGGCCACCAGCGAGCAAUUGGUUGGUAAUGAAUGUGUUCGCUUCCAAGGAUUGCGUGUUGCGUACUUCGCUCUUGACAAAGACUCCCGUAUCGCUGCAUUGGAGGAAGGAUCUACUGUCAAGGGCCGCCAGGAAGGAGAUUUCAUCGUUCUGAAUCGUAUUGUCAGCUUGAAGGAAGAUGCUGGUAAAGCAUAG